AUGGAAGAUACAUUUCCCAAGAUAGAAAUCUUUACACAAAAGGAAUUACCAACUUGUUUGCAAGAAUCCAAGUAUUUGGAAGAUACAAUUAUAAGAAGAGGCUCUUACUCUCUCACUUCUUCACCACAAAACUUUUUCUGGUGUGCUUCAAAUUCUACUUCAAUGAAACAAGAGGUAGCACCUUUAGGUUUAACCACUUCUAAUGUCUUUGCCUCAGAUAUAAAACAUGCUUUUCUUCCUCUAAAUCUUUUGGAAACUCUCCCGACAACGAGCGUAAAUCCAGUGUUUGAUGAGACAACAGAAUCUAUAGAUUCUUCUUCUGAUACACCGAAGUAUCCGAAUUUGAGUUUGUUUUUGCAGGAACCAUCCAUGCUAUACUCAUCAACAUCACAUAUCAAAAGUAAUGAAGUCAUGCCAAUAACUUCGAAUCCAAGUUAUCAUGUACCGCAAUUUGGCCUAACUCAGCAUCAACAAAAGAUUGGUUAUAACAAGAGUUUCAAUGAAAAUUGGUUGAGUGUCACAAAGACUCAACCUUUGAAGUAUAGUGGAAGAGGGAAGCUUUUCAAAGGGGUGAGGCAGAGACAUUGGGGGAAAUGGGUUGCUGAAAUUAGGCUACCAAGAAACCGGACAAGGGUUUGGUUAGGGACAUUUGACACAGCUGAAGAUGCUGCAAUUGCAUAUGAUACAGCAGCAUAUAUACUAAGAGGUGAAUGUGCACAGUUGAAUUUUCCUGAUUUAAAGCAUGUGAUUCGAGCGAAUUCGUUGAAUGGAACAACUGCUUCACUUGUUGAGGCAAAACUUCAAGCAAUAUCACAACAAGGUAGUUCUUCUUCUGAUAGAAAGCAAGGUGAUUCACUAGCUAGAUCAAAUAGUAAGCAUGUUGAUAAGAUUGAAAAUGGAAAGGAUGAAACUAGGAAGGAGUUGAAGAUUGGAGGUGAGACAAAUGAGAGAAGCAAAAGUAUGCAGAAUGAGAUAUGUGAUGUGGAAACUGUUCAGUUAAGUAGAAUGCCAUCUUUAGAUAUGGAUAUCAUUUGGAAUGAACUUCUAGUUUCUGGUUCAUGA